CUGAGUCUGGAGCAGCACAGCAGCGGAGCUUCACUGCCUCCCCUCGCCUCACAGUGCGGGAAUACAGCAGCGGAGAGCGGAAUGGAGACGGAAGGGAGCCAGAGCAGCCUGUCCUCCGACAACUCCCCCCACGACCCCUGCAAAAUGUUCAUCGGGGGUCUGAGUUGGCAGACGACACAAGAGGGCUUGAAGGAGUACUUCUGUAAAUUCGGCGAGGUGAAGGAGUGUAUGGUGAUGCGGGAUCCCGUUACCAAGCGGUCGAGGGGGUUUGGGUUUGUAACGUACGCGGAGCAGGCCGGCGUGGAGAAGGUUUUGGCGCAAAACAGACACGAGCUGGAUUCCAAAACGAUCGACCCGAAGGUGGCGUUUCCCCGCCGGGCUCAGCCUAAGCUGGUGACCAGGACAAAGAAGAUCUUUGUCGGCGGACUGUCAGUCAAUACCACCAUCGAAGAUGUGAAGCAUUACUUCGACCAGUUUGGAAAGGUCGAUGACGCCAUGCUUAUGUUUGACAAAACAACCAACAGACACAGAGGCUUCGGCUUCGUCACCUUUGAGAAUGAAGACGUGGUGGAGAAAGUGUGUGAGAUCCACUUCCAUGAGAUCAACAACAAAAUGGUGGAGUGUAAGAAAGCCCAGCCCAAGGAGGUGAUGACGCCGACAGGUUCAGCCAGAGGCCGCUCCAGAGUGAUGCCCUAUGGGAUGGAUGCCUUCAUGCUGGGCAUCGGGAUGCUGGGUUAUCCAGGUUUCCAGACUACUACCUACACUAGCCGCAGUUACUCUGGAAUCGCUCCUGGUUACACUUAUCAAUUCCCAGAGUUCCAUUUAGAGAGGACCCCCCUCCUGACAUCAUCCCACCCCGCUGAGCUGGCAGCCAUUCCCCUGACUGCUUAUGGACCAAUGGCAGCUGCUGCUGCAGCCGCAGUAGUUAGAGGCUCCACCCCUUCACGCACAGCUGGUUUCCUGGGCACCAGCAGCCCUGGACCAAUGGCUGAACUGUAUGCUGCAGCCAACCAGGACUCAGGAGUCAACAGCUACAUCAGCGCCGCUAGCCCCGCCCCCAGCUCAGGGUUUGCUCACGGUCUAGGGAAAGUCUACCCGCUGUUGUCCGUGUAUCCCCAGGGCCCGCUGAUUGCUACUGCGUUCACUAAUGGCUACCACUGAGAAGACUCAGGGCACUGAAGCUGGGAGGGGCCUCUCUUCUGCUGACGAGCCAAUCAAAAUGCUGGCUGCCCUCCGAUGGCAGAACCUGAUUGGCCAGCCACAGGCUUUAGUGGCUCACUGUGGCCCCACCCACCGACUGAAUAUCUUUUUGAAAUCCUGAACUGUUUCGCUGUACUAAUCUCACUUCAACAUAACGUCCCCACGUUUCUCCUCUUCUGUCCUCAUGUAGUGUUAUAACUAGACACCCCCCCCCUCCUUUGUUAUCCAUUAUUUUUCUUUUGAAGCUGAGAAAAGAAAAGAAAACAAUCUCUGCGGACCAGUUGUCAUCUUUGACAAAGCCGCAGAGGUCCAUUGUAAGUUUCUUUUUAAUUAUUAUUGUUAUUUUAUUUCAAUGUGAUAUGUCGUUUCAUCAUAAAAUCCUUCAAAGCCGUUACUGAUGUGAACAGAGAAAAGAAAACGUACGUUUGUCUGAAAAACAUUUUUAACAAAGGAAGAACAAAAUCCAACAAAGUCCUCUUUUUAACUCUAGCAUCGCGAAAACAUGGGAAAAAACUAAAAUGUAUAUUUUGGUAGUCUUUAAAAACAAAACCUUUGUAAUAUUGUUAUUAAUAUUGACAAAAUAAUAAUAAUCUGUAAGGUAUUUUAUUCUGUAAUUGGUUUUAAAGCAAUGUUUUUAUGUCUUCCUGUAAGAUAUUGUACAUAUACUAGGGAUGGGGGGGGGGGGGGGGGGGUGCGGGGUUUACCGAACCAGCUCGCAUGUCAUUGGUCGGUUUGAAAGGGUUAACAGCUAUUUGAUUGGCUGUCAUCUGCUACUACGUGUGGUCAUCUCACUCCUUUUAUCAGUACGCGUAUGCUAGUGUGUGAACGUUGGCCCGUCAGCUUCAGCCGAUGGCCAGAAAAGAAACUUCCGGGAGUUUGUCUGCCACAUCCGUACAGUUUUGUCACAAAAUCCUCACUCUGUUUGCUUAGCUUCUUCGAAAAAAAAAAGAAAAAAAAAGCAACUCUGUCUUUGUGAAUCGAUCACCACAAGGAGACAGAUUUCCUGCAUCUUCACGAGAACUAGCUCAGAUUGAGAUGACGGACCAGCGAAGCAUCACAGGAGCAGGAAUCCGGGGUUCACGGGGUGGGGUUUGACUUGACUUCCUCUUUUUUUGAAAAUACUGAUAUAUAUAUUUUUUGCGCGAUUCACUUGUUAAUGUUUGUGUUUUUAUUGUUUUCUCUUUUUUGUUUGUAUUAUUCCUGUUACGCGGUGUUCUCCGCCGUAAAAAACAAAUGAAGGACAUUCUAAGAGAAGCAACUGUAGAAAACAUCACCAUCCUGUUCUGUCCUCUUAUCGCUAUUGAAGGUGCAUGUGGUUGCGUCUGGGUGUGUGUGAGUGAGUGUUUGUGCGCAUACAUCAAGGUGUAAUAUGGAACUACUUUUGGCAACGAAGGAGCAUUCCGAUUGCCAAUCCUUUUUGGUACUGAAAAAAAAAAAAAAAAGAAGAAAAGAUCACCCUGUUCCAUUGAGGCUCAUCUGCUCCUCCCCCCCCCCCCUCCCCCCGCCUCCCUCCCAUUCCAUAGUACGGUCUUAUACAUUAGUGCACUCCUGCAUGUGCAGUUGCUGCUCCCUGUAGUGGUGGACUGAGGGGGGGGGGGGGGCGUUUGGUCGGUGGACCAGAAAUGGAACAGGGUCUCGCUCCCAGUCGGCUCUGAUUCAGGAGCUCAGUACAGACGCCACUGGCUGGCAGGAAAAGUUUGGGGAAAAAAAAAAAAGUUGGAACAAAUUCAGCAUUUGCAAACCCCAAGCGGGCUGUUUGUUCGGCCUUCUUGCUGCAGCGUGUUUGAUGUUCAGCACAAGCAGCAACACUUCCCGAUCCAGCCAGGAGCUCCUCUGUCAGAGCGACACCGGGACACGACGUAAA